CUACACACAUGAAACGGGCCUCCGGUCUGGUCUGUUGGUCGCAAAGGCCCUUAUUAACUUUGCCCCUCCACUUCACAUCAUUACUAUUUUUUCUUUUAAAUUUCUGAAUCUACGAGGAACAGGAUGAAGAACCCGGAUGUAGGAUCCUCCUCCCGGAAAAAGCGCCGGCGAGAUGACGAAGGAGAAACGGGGAAUUCUAGUCAUGCGGAAACUGAAGAUCAGUGUCUCCCUCUCGAGAAUAAUCUCACUUUUAGCGACACUUCGGUGGCUUUGCGGAUGAUGCGAGCUCAGUUCCCUCGGAUGAAUCAGGCUUCAAUCCAACCAUUCAUAUUACAAUCGCAGUUAUAUAGUAGCGUCAACGAUAGAACCCAAGUCGACAGAGAAUUAGAGUCUUUGCGGAGGGAGAAAGUUGUACGUAUUUUCAAACUGAACACUGGACAAGAUGAUCAUGCAAUAAUGUUCUUGGAUGACUAUCUUAACCAGGUUGAUCAUAUUGUGAAGAGAAUGGAAGAGAAGAAGCAAAAUGGUAUUGAAGUUUUCGAGUGGUUUAAAAUGCACGUUCUUGAUUCGAAACUGGAACCUAGCAUUGGGCAUCAUGAGCUCUUCUCACUGUUGUCGUUGGGCGGGAGGGUGAAGGAAGAGCACAUCACUCUUUUAAUUAAUGCCGGCCUUCUUGUAAGUCAAGAGAGAAUGCCCUAUAAAUCUGCUCCCGGUCUUUCUAAUAUGUAUUGGUUUGCCAUUCCUAGUAUCGGUCGACUGCUGAAGGGUCUGUCUCAGGGUAGGAAAGAACUCCUUUCGAUACUAAAACGCAAGAAACACAAAGAAAUGUUCUUGUCCGAGCUUGAGAAGAAGCAGCUUCGGUGGUCUCCUCUGGACAUGAGAUUUCACUUGCGUGAUCUCAUCGGCUCCGGCCACCUGAAAACCAUUCAGACAACUUCUGGGUUGGUGGUUCGUGUUUCGAGGGACUAACAGGCCCGAAAGAGAAGCCACCUAGUUGCAACAGAGAGUGUGUGUGUUUUGUGUUCCGAUGGGCAAUCUUCAAGAAAUGAUGGAUAGAUACAUCCAUCCAUGUCAGUUUGGUUAUUUAUUUCUGAAACUCUCUUAAGAACAACCUCGUAUUGGGGAACUGAGUGAAAGCAAUCAAUGUAGAUGCCGAUAUCUCUUUCAUGUUCUUGAGGUUUAAUAUAUAGUUCAGAUUUGUAUAAGCUA